GGGAUAUCCACUCAGUUGCCUUUCGCCUUGUUUACGAGAAUCUUAGAGUAAUCCGAGGAAUUAAGUCUCUAAAGAAUAAUGCCAUGUGGAAUAAUGUGGUGUUUUGUGUUAUUAAUCAUUUCUGUGGGUUUUUCUGAAGCACAGAAUGAUAAUGAUAGUAUUAUUUUUCCUGGCCAAACCGAGCGUUCACCAAAAUUCCCACUGAAUUCAACGCGCAGACCAGGUGAGCCUACUUCACCAUCUACAAACGGUGGUGGCUCUACAACAUUUACGCCUGAUGCCACAUAUAAUGAAUGUUUAAAUAGUUGUCUCACGACAUCUGAAUACAAUCCAAUUUGUGGAAGUGACAAUGCUGUUUAUUCAAAUCCUGGAAGAUUUGCUUGUGCUCAAAAUUGUGGAAACCGUGAGCUUCGAAUAAUUGCAUAUGGUCGGUGCAGUAAUAAUACAACAGGUUGAAUUAGAGGAUACGUAUAUAGAUAAUUUUUAUCAAUAUGAACUUGAAAGAACUACUUAUUAGUUCUCAUUACAUGUAAGUUAAAACCUAUUAAUUACAAUAAAUGAAAUUCUUAAAGUAUUGUCUGAAUUUUUUCCACUAUUUUGUUUUAUUUUUUCCGAUUUUUCAAUUUCUAAUUUAGUUCAUAUUACUGAUAUAACAACGGCAAAUGCAAAUUAUAAUUAGGAUUCGGGAUGUGUAGUUAUGAAAAUCUACUGAUUCAAAUAUUUAAUAUAUUUAUCUUGAAAAGUGAUUAAUUGACGAAAUAAAUAAUAUUUACACGACAUUUAUGUUAUUCACUUAGUUGAGCUGUAAACACUCUAAAUAGAAACGUUAGAUGUUAAUUAAUUCUGAAUUAGUUUGGAAGUCGAAACGACAUUGCGUACCUGAUACAUUUAAUUUACAUAUCAGUAAUUUAAAUGUGCAUCUGUUAACUAUCGUCAUACUGUAUUUUCCUACCUUCAGAAAUUCAUUGUACAUAAAAGAAGGUUAGAGGAAAAAUUAAUUUAUUCUACCUGAAAUUGUUAUUUAUCACGGCUUUAUAAAUCGACAAAAUUAUUUGUUCCUGAAGAUAAUACUUUAAAAAACUCGUGAUUUCCAUUUGAUAAGUGAAUCAUUAUGAAUGUGCAUGUACUCA